CAAAAAGAAAAAUCCAGAUCGAAAACCAAAAUUGAUCUGUCAAAAAUAAAACCAAAACAGAAAAUCUAACCUUAAAUAAUUACAAUUUCCUGUCGGAUAUUAUUUUUCUGACCAACAAAAACGUACAAUGAAGUAAAAAAUAUCUGUAAUAAUUCUGUCCCGACUAUCUUUGCCUAUCCCACACACACUAUGUUUAGAUACCGAUUACUUGCUUUUCUGAAAACUGCUUGCCAAGUUCACCAUAGAAUUGUGCCAAAAAUCAGAAAUUAUGCCCCAGUAACUUUGGGUCUGUUAACCACAGCUUAUUGUGAUGACAAACAAAAAGAAUUGGAAGUUAUGUGGGAUGCAGAUAGUCUGGAACAUGAAUUUUUAAUUCGUCAAGCUACGACUAUCAAUGUUAAUGCAGCUACUCAACUUCUGACUGUUACAUUAGUCGCUAUCCAAGACACAAGUGAAAGGUUGCGCGAGGCACUGGUUCGGGAGAUCUGUUUGGUGAAACAAGCUCUAGAGUGGGGUGAAGAUGGCACUCCACCUCAUCAUUGGGACCAACUAGUGGCUGUCAGAGGGUCACUUGUUGAUUUGAGGCAUAACCUCCACACUUUGUUUAGUUAUAUGGAUUAUGCAGAAAAAUUAGCAACAGUAGCUGCAGAGAUAUCAUACUUAUCAGGAAAUAUUGUCGCUUCAGAUGCCAUUUGUGAAAGAAUAGACCAUGCAUGCAGGUCUUGCAACAUGCAGAAACAGCUGACGCAUGAACUGCAGCAGGAAAGUCUGGAACUGCAGCAACAGGCUAUCCUCAGUGCCCCCCAGCUGGAGGAGAAGUUGAAACAUGAAGUUACAAGUGUAAAAAGCAAAUUAAAGACUUAAUUUUAAUGUGAGUAGUUUAUAACUAAUGUAUAAGGUCAAGAUAAGUCUUGGACAGAAACCAAACAAAAAAACAAAAGGCUUGCUUUAUAUACUAAAUAAAAAAUUUGAUGCAGUUACAGUUUGCAUCCAUUUUAUUUAGUUAGUAAUUUUUGAAAUGUAUAAAUUCUAUACAUAAUUUAGGUUACAUGCAUGAUUUGCUAUUUAAAUUGUAGUUAAAUUAUUUAUUAAAUAAUUUACCUUAUAGACACCUCAUUGCCUCAUUUCUAUGGCAAAAAAAAGGUUAAAUGGAGAUGUAAACAUGAUCUAGUGACAGAC